UACACUGGAACAUGUCAGGGCAAGUACCGGUGUUAAAAUGAAGACAAAAAAACUGUAAAUAUACUUUAAAAACGUCGAAACCUCUUCAGUAGUUUGUAGUUCCUUGGUUAAUAUAUUUUAGUCUUCUGAGCUUGUUGCGUUAAAGCCGCCAGAAUGUUCGCUCUUAAACGUGUUUUGUCCGCUGUGCCUCAAAGCACCUCCCUCUGUGUGAGCCACUUUUCUGCUUGUCAUUGCCUCAAAACAUCCAGAAAAAGCAGCCCGUACAGUUCAGUGGACAGUGAGCGCUACUCUUCUCUGGUGAAGUCCGUCAUGUCCUCCAGGGUCAGUUCCCAAACCCCCGAGACCCUCCAAGCAGAAGACGACCACAUCUAUGGACCUGUUGUUAAAGCUCAGACUCCCACAAGACCAGAGGUGAGGGAACCGAAAACCCUGCAUCCCUUCUUGAACUGUGAGGAGACUGUAGACACAGAAGAGCCGGAGUCAGGACUUCCAGCCCGGAUUUCGUUAAACAGAGGACAGGGCAGAUCUUUCGUGCCGAGUGUGACCAGAAUCCUUCAGCAGACUCUUUCCCCAGAGCAGAUCUUCUACCUGGAGAGAUGGAAGAGGAGAAUGAUAGCAGAACUGGGAGAGGAAGGCUUCAAAGAACACAGUCAGAAUUUAUUUAGACAAGGGAAGCUUCUCCAUUCAGCUCUGGAGGACAUUCUGACAUCAGGUGCAGCAUGGAAGGACAGAGAUCCUUCAGAGACACCAGAGUAUCCACCUGAAGUACGGGGAUACCUGGAGAGCAUCUCUCAUGUACUAGAGGACGUCAGUGCAGUGAGAGCCAUUGAAAGCACUGUACAACAUGGUACACUGAACUAUCUGGGAAUUGUGGACUGUGUUGCUCGGUACAGGGGUGUACUUUGUGUUAUUGACUGGAAGACAUCAGAUAAACCCAAACCAUUCCUAAGCAACACAUACGACAACCCGGUUCAAGUGGCAGCCUAUGCUGGGGCUUUGAACAAUGACGGCAACUAUAAAUACCAGGUUGAAAAUGGACUCAUUGUCGUGGCCUAUAAGGACGGCUCACCUGCCCAUGCUCACCAGCUCAGCUCAGAGGUUAUGUUGGAGUACUGGAAGACUUGGUUGCUACGCCUUGAAGAAUUCACAGAAAAAAGAGCCAGUCAUGCUUCCAGCACCCUGCCAGAAAACAGAUGAGAUGUGUCUGGAAUGGUCUGCAAAGACCUACACCAAGUUUAUAACUUGCUCCUACAAUAACAACCAAAUUUCUGACUUGCAUUUCCAUUUCAGCUCUUGUAUUUUCU